UCUUAUGCGUGUUUUCGAUGUUAUAUCGUGCAAAUGGCGGCUUUCGCGAUGUUUUGUUCGAUGUUUCUUACAAUUUAACUGUUCGUAUCGUUCGUUGUGCGUAAUUGACAAAGAGAUAGCAUCCGUCGCUUGACUCUAUACUUGUGAAAGCUCACGGUCGACAUGGUGAAGCUUCAUAAGAAAUUUUUCGCUGGUGAUAAGGUGUUUGCGAAAGUUCGAGGUUAUCCACCGUGGCCAGCUAAAGUUGAGAAAGUUAUUGAUCCGAAUUCGAAGAACUCGAAGUAUAGUGUUUUCUUUUAUGGUACCGGAGAAACUGCUGUGUGUAAAGUGGAAGAGUUAUAUACAUACAUUGAAAAUAAAGCAAAAUUUGCUAAACCAAUAAGAAGAAAAUUUUUUCACGAGGGUUUGGUGCAACUAGAGCAAGAGCUUAAAAAUGACAGAAACAAAUCAGUACUUUCUGAUCUCAAAGAUGGAUCAAAAGAAGGUGAAACCGGGAUGGAUUUACCAACAGUCAGUGCAAUGGAUAGUGAUAUGGAGUCAGGAUCAUUGGUUAUCGAUGAAGAGGAAAAAAAGAAGUCUAUGAAGAGGAAAACUAUGCUGGGUGUCUCUGCAAAUCCUGACACACCCGAGAUCAGAAAGAGACGCGGGAAAGCGAAAUCAUUGCCAGCAUCGACAAGUGACUCAAGGCACGAUUCUGCCUUAGAUUCGCAAGGGGAAGAAUCACCUAAAGAAGUUGUGAGCCGUAGUGGCAGGAAGAUAAAACCCAAAAGAUUUGCUGACUUCUCAAGUUCCGAAGAAACAGACACUCCAGAAAAGAGCGAACAUGGCAGAGGCCGUGCUAAAGUCAAAAUUGAAGAUUCUAGUGAUCAACAAACAUCACCUGUGCAGCUUAAGAAAAGGGCUACUUUAGAAAAAAAGAAUAACGCAGGUGAAGCACCAAUAUUACAAGGCACUGUAGUAUCCGGUACCACAUCCUCCGACGCACCAGGACGAUUUCUGUUGGCAUUACCGUUUGCUGGCGAAUAUGUAGGCAUUAAGUUAGACAUGGACAAGCCAAAGUCUUUUGAAAGUGAGAAAGCUCGUUCACAAUGGGAAUGGUCGACUGCUAGGAAUGCUAUGAAAUUGAAAGCACAAUUGGAGAGCGGUGAAAUCUUGCCGGAACAGGUGAAAGAUUGUUUGGACUUCAGCGUACAUGUUCCUGAAGAGGAGAAGCGGUUGUUAGCAAAGGACGGAGCACUUCACCGAAAAACAAACAAGCUAAGAUGGCUGCGCAUAGAAGCGCAACUGUUACAAUUGGAUGCUCAAAUCAAGUCGAAUCUGGGAUUAGAUCGAGCAAAUCCAGACAAAUGCCUUCAGGCAAUGGACGAUAUGUUGUCGCUACCAAUCGAUCCCCUAAUGCUGAAGAAACAUCCACACAUCGUGGAAACAGUUAAGAGGUUGCGGCGAUACAUUGGUAACUUGACUGAUUGGAAAUUAACCGAUGAAGAAGAGGCUACUUUCAAACAGAAGGCAGAGCAAAUUAGACAAAAGGCGGAACACAUAUACAACAAAUUUAAGGCUAUGUUUACCAUACCCGAAGGUCAGUCGUUUUGGCAAUCAUUCUCAGACCAAGUGGUCCAUUUCAAGGAGUUGACGAAGGAUAUGCCCGAGGAAAAAGUAUUCUCUUUAAUGUCUGAUCCUGCUUGUCAAGAAACUAAACUUGCAGAUGCAGCUACGUCAGAGGACUCACCCGCGGAUGAGAGUGGAAGUCAACCAGAUACAGACGCGGCCGUCGAACCAAAAUCAGAAGUGCCUACCAGAAGCGAGACUCCGAAAGAAUCAGAGGCCAAGUAAUAAGUGAUCUUUUGUAUCCAAUGAUGUGAAGGAAUCAUGCUUACUUUCAUUUUGUACUAAUGUAGUACUAUAACGACACGAGUGUCUUAAAGCUGAAAAACAAAAUGCAAAAGAGAUAUGAGUUCGGUUUUUAACACUUGGAUAUCACCUUUGGGAGAAUUUUGACACUAUAUUUUAUUCAACGGAUAUCUUCUAGGAAAUUUUCUUGUCGUAAUCGUAAACACAAACUCCUUACAAUAUCUGUAACUAUGAAGCCGUGACACUAAUGAACAGCUUUUAACUCUUUUAAUAAUGUUACGAACAUUGGCUAAUCGUAAUGCACGUAGUAUAUAAUAGAGGAUAGGUAUCAUCAUCAUUCAUUUCUACUAUUAAACAAACACACGGUUUCUUUACGAUUGCAAUUCUGUUCGAAUAUUCGUGACAACAAAACAAAAACAACAACAACCAAAAUUGGGGAAAAUGUAUUUACAAUGACAAUAUAGGUAUCUCCGUUGUCGAAUGUCUUGCAAAGCUUGUUUACUUAAUUAGAACAGACAACAAUGUACAUAAUAUCGAACACAAAAUUGAAAUUCACAAUAACUCUCUAUAUUCAACGAUUCGUUGUCCGAAACCGCGGCACAAAUACCAACGUAAAUUCAUUAAUUGCGAAGCUUAGGAUUGUCGCGCGUCUCAGUCUGUAUUUUGUUCCUUUGGUUGUGAGUGUUUUCAUCGCACUUUCAAGGCAUCAAGUGAAGCGUUAAUAAAUAGUCUACGUUCCAGAGACGUGAAGAAAAAUUGUUAUAUAUUGGUUAAGUAUUUUUUGAACGUGUUCGCUACUAUUUCCGGAUCGUACAAAGUCCGAAUAGUAGGUUUUAUCGAAUCGCAGCUGCAGGGUAUCGUACAACAAUUUUUAUAGCAAUAGUAGUGUCUAAAUCAAUGUGGGUAAGUAUCAUUCUGUUGAAAGAAUGACAUUUUUAAACUAACAAAGCGUAACUAAUACGCUACGAAAAAACGUAACUAAAAUACGGCGUGAAUUUGAACCUAAAUUUUUGCUGACUCAAAACACGAUAGUCUGUUGUUGUUGAUUGUUUUUUCCCUUUGGAACGAUUCCUAUUACGCGUCACUCUAAUACUAACGGAAAUGUACUUUUCACAAGGACCUAAGAGAACAACACAUACUGUAAAAAUAAUACUGUUAAUAAAAUCAAUUGGUGUAUUUGUUUCUGUCGAAUGACGAAACCACACAUUCUUAUUGAGUUUUGUUGUUACUGCACAGUUUGUUUAUUUUCACGAUGAUUCGAGCGAAUGCCUUUGAAGUGCAUUGAAAACAGAAGCAUCGAGCAAAUAUUUUCUGUUCCGAGUUCUUUCUCCUUAUAAUUUUAGUUGUUUAUCAUUAAAAAUAAUUACUAUAAGAUCUACGGUUGAUCGAAAAAAUAUUUCUACAUCCAGACUCUUUUUCCUUAAGAAAAUUCGAUGCGAAAGAAAAAUGCAUCGAUACGAUCGAGAUAUUUUCAAGGUCCCGAUUUUCUCAAUAUAUUUUUUUGGUUCACACAGAGUGGUUGAGGAAGAAUUGGGUGCAUAAAUAGUUUCUAGAUCCGCUGCAUUCAAUAUUUGUCCAUAAGUACACGGAUAAAUAUGUUGUAUGUUAAGUAAUUCAUAUCUUGAUUAUUAAAAAGCUAAAUGUUUAUUUCAAAUGUCAAAAAGUAUAUAAUAUUUUGAAUAAAAAAUUGACAACAGA